AUGUUCGACUGGACCGGUAAGAAUGUCGUCUACGUGGGCAGCUUCAGCGGCAUCGGCUGGCAGAUGAUGAUGCAGCUGAUGCAGCAGGACAUCAAGAUGAUGGGCAUCAUGCAUCGCAUGGAGAACGUCGAGAUGAUGAAGAAGCUGCAGGCCAUUAAUCCCUCCGUCAAGGUCGUGUUCAUGCAGAUGAAUCUCAUGGACAAGAUGUGCAUCGAUCAGGCCAUGAAGAAGAUGGGCCAGAUGAUGGGCCACUUUGAUGUGAUGAUCAAUGCUGAGAAUGUCCUGCUCGACAAGGAUGUGGAGACGACGAUGGGCAUGAAUCUGACUGGCAUGAUCCAGGCCACGAUGAUGGCCAUGCCAUAUAUGGACAAGACCCAGAUGGGCAUGGGUGGCAUGGUGGUCAACAUGGCUUCUGUCUACGGCCUGGAACCUGCACCCGCCUUUGCUGUCUACGCCGGUGCCAUGCACGGCGUCCUGGGCUUCACCCGCUCCAUGGGGGAUAAGAUGAUCUACCAGAAGACCGGCGUCAUGUUUAUGGCCAUGUGCCCGGGCCUCACCAACGGUGAAAUGAUGAUGAAUCUGCGCGACAACGUGACCUGGCACCACUCCGAGUCCAUGGUGGAGGCCAUGGAGAGUGCCAAGCGCCAGAUGCCCGAGGAGGCUGCCAUGCAGAUGAUCAAAGCUAUGGAGAUGAUGAAGAAUGGCAGCAUGUGGAUCGUCAAUAUGGGACAGCUGAAGGAGGUGAUGCCCACAAUGCACUGGCAGAUGUAA